UUGGGGUAGGCCAGUUUCGAAAAGUUUUCAAAAUUCAAAAAAUAAAAAUAAAAACAAAGAGAAUCGAUCUUUUGUCAAGCAUGGAAUUAGAUGAAUCCAAUUUGCAUAACAAGAACACCGAACAACUUGUUGACCGUAUGAUGUCAUUUCUUGAAGAACCAAUUGAAAUAUUCAAACAUGAAGAUAUCGGUGAGUCAAAGAAUCCGCUCUGUACGGGAAUUAAAACCAUUGUUGGGAUGUUCCCAGCGCCUGCUGUCCCUCCGCAGCCAUUGACUAACUUCAAUUCAAGUUUUCCGAACCAACGAGAAGAUCAGAAUCCAUUUCCGAGAAAUUCGAGCAUGAAAGAGAAUAAUAAGUAUGAAAAAGCUUGUCGCCACAAGGAUCCGUAUAUGCAUGAGGUAAAUAGAUUGAUGUUCUGUUCGACUAUGGGCCAUCCACCGCAUGGUUCGCCGGAGUAUUUUGAAGCUGCAGAAAACUACGCCCUAUAUGGGAAGGAGUUUUUGGACUUUCCCAUUGAUAUAAAAUUCCCAAGACCAAUGGAAAUGAUUAGCUGCUUAGAUGGCGAUAAUUCAACGCAACUUCAGAGCGGAUUUGCAAAAUCCUAUCAAAAUCAAGGAUUUGGACAACAACCAAAUAAUAAGUAUCCAAAUUUGGGAACUCCUAGUGCCCCAGCUCAGCUACCUGUGAUGUUAAAUCCUGCAAACUAUUGGGCGAGUUAUCCAUUCUAUCAAACACCAAAUAUGAUGCAACCACUGAUGUAUACAAAUCCCUUCCUGAUGACACAAUAUUUGAAUAUGUUUGUGAGGGAAACGCAAAUUAAUACGUCCAUAGUUCAACAGCAUCAAUUUUUGUCUGGAGUUGCAGGAGGAGGAGCAGGCAUUCAAGAACGACUUGUUUAUGCUCAAAUGCUGCAGCAACAGAUUCAAACAAAUCAAGCUCCUCCUCAAACUCAAGCAAGUUUUUCCAGCUUUUCUGGAUAUGUGGGCAAACAAAACUUAAAAUUGCAAGACAUCAAGACCACUGAACUUAAUCAAAGUUGCGAUUUUAUGAAAAAUAACUUAAAUGGGGCCAAUUUGUAUGAGAAACAUUUAGAAUUGGAAGAAUGAUUUGUUGAUUUGAUUUAUUUAGAACAUUUGUAUGCAUAAUUUGAAUUUCAUAUUUAAAUAUUUAAUU